AUGACUACUUAUCUGUGGAAGAGAAAGAACUCACUGGAUGCAGAAGCAGACGGCAGGGUCUCUGCUGACGAGACCGACUACGCGGAGCCCUCCAAGCUGCCAAGGACGUGGCCUAAGAGAGACUCCGUUCCCCGCGAUUUGGAAAAUGGGGCUCCCCCUCUGAGCGUAGGUCAGCAGCGUGCAGCUAAAAACGUGGAGGACCCAGUGCCAGUAGGUAAAUCCUCGCAGGAGAUGGCCAAGGAGGACAGGCUUGACCAAGCCAGCACAAGAAGCCAGAUGAAGGCCCUGGGAUCUUUGAUUAUCCAACCUCCGGAUCCCUUCCAGGAUGACCUGGUGAGCCACGUGUGGUCACGUAGCAAUCGCUCAGAUGCCAAGAGGGAAACACCCAAGGAGACCAAGACUUGGACUUCAUGGAGCCAGACAGAGAAAUCCAUGUUGGAAGAGGCCCCUCAGGACCCAGAUGCCAAGCGUGGGCCUCCAACUGCCCCCAAGCCACGGAAAUUGCCACCAAAUAUUAUCCUGAAAACCAGCAAAAACAUCCCAGUGCCACUUGCCACGGAGCCCGGCCAGAAGGUAAAAGAACCACUGCCAUCCUCAACCAGCUCUGCCAGCAACGCUGCUGCCGAAAAGGUGAAUUCGGGGCACCUCGACCCCAAGGAGAGGGAGAAAGCCCGGCAGGAGGCAUUGGAGAAGCUUGGACUGUCACAGGACAGGAAGGAGCCCAGCACCCUCCUUCAACCUACCAUGCAACCCCAAGCAAGGGAGAUGCCAUUCCCUGUCCCUGGAGAGCCCGAGGCACGCUGCGGGACGGUGGAGAGGUCGGUGCCGGGUAUCCGGCAGAUGAACUUUAAAUCCAACACCCUGGAGCGCUCUGGCGUGGGGCUGAGCAGCUACAUGACCAGCGCCAAGGAGCAGAGCGUCAAGACCAGCAGCUCCCUGGGCAAGAUGUCCUUCAUCGAACGGCUUGCCCCGAGCUUCCUCAGGAGCAGCCGCCCCCGGCCAGCAUCCCUCGGAGCAGGGAAGGACUUUGCUGGUCUGAAGGAGUCCGGGCACGUGGAGCCAGAGAAGAGCAGCAAGCGGCGAUCCCACCCGCUGCAGAGCUUCCCCAGGCCGGCCCGCUCCUGCGUCAGCGUGAAGAUUUCCCCCAAGGGUGCGACCGAUGAGAACCGGCGAGAGGCUCUGAAGAAGCUCGGUCUGCUGAAGGAGUAG